AUGGCCUCUGCUGCUGUUCCUCCUUCUGCUGCUCCUGAGUUCGCAUCUGAGGAGAGGUCCCUCCUCAUACAACGAUUUAGCAAGGCAGUCGGUCUGAACUACGUCGAUUCUGCCUCACAUGCCAUGUUAUGGCUAUCAGAUCUCGAUUUUCUCCGGAAGAGGGUUGAAAUAAUAGAGUCGGCUGAGGAAAUACGACCAAUGGCUAAAGCUAGCUUGAACAACGUCCAGCCUUCUAAGGAUGCUAUCAAGGCAUGGCUGGCUCGUAGAUCGAAAGGAAACGACUCAACAAGAAUAGAAGAACAACCUGGCGAACCCACCGAACCCACACCUACACAUGUGGCGUCCCAGAAAACGUCACGCAAACGAAAGUCAAAGGGAAAGUCUAGCUCCCCAAGAAAACUUCCUCGGCCGACGAUGUCUGGUUCUCGAUCGAAGCGGCUCAAAUCUGCGAAGGACACGGCCAGCGAGAGAGAUAAUGGGUGCUGUGUCAUUACCAAGAUGGGUGAACCCAUCCAAAUAUGCCACAUCUACCCGUACCCGUUGGGAGCUAAGGCCAAAAGUGAACGGGAGAGCUUUUGGUCUCAUCUGGAAAUUUUCUGGCCUCCCGAGACGAUCGCCAGGUGGAAGAAGGAUAUCAUGGGUCCAGACAACACAGAGGUACCUCAAAACCUACUAUGCCUUUCGACUAUUGUGCACGAGCUCUGGGGCUCGGCACGCCUUGCCUUUGAACCCAUUGAGAUGUCUGAGGACAAGACAUCCCUUACAAUGCGGUUCUGGUGGCUACCUCGUCGAGAGCCCUUCAAGCAGGUACCCCUAGUGGUGGCUCCCUCCCUUCCAUCCGAUUUGAAGGCAAGUUCCCUCAAUGCCAAGUUAUGGAAUUGCGAUACGGAUGAGCCCAUCUAUUCCGGCCAACUCGUGACAAUGACGACCGAUGAUCCGGAGGCCAGGCCCCUCCCAUCCUUUGAUCUAUUGCACAUCCAAUGGGUCUUGAAUCGGGUCGCCGCCAUGUGUGGCGCGACAGAUGUUACGGAUGAGGAACUCGAGGACUAUUUUGAAGGCUUUUCGGAAUCUGAAGACAUGCCUGUCGACCGAUCGUUGAGACCACAUGCCAACGCAACGAGCAUCUCGCCGAGCACAUAG